AAUCACCUCUGCGUUUUUUUAUUUUUUCUUAAACAAACCAAAAAACCACUGAAAAUUUUGAAAAAAAAAAAAGUUUUUUUUCUUAGUUUUUGUUAUAAAAUUUUGUAAAUAAGUGAUUUUUCUUCUUCACUGAUGUGCGCUAAUGAGGCUGCAGUGAUGGGCACUGAUAGGCACUGAUGGCACUUAUAGGUGGCACUGACUGGCACUGUUAGGCGGCACUGAUAGACAGCACUGAUGGGCACUGAUAGGC